GCUGUGUUCGGUUGGAGACCUCCCGCACCUAAGGCAGGAAGAUGGUGGUCGCCAAGAAGACGAAAAAGCCCCUGGAGUCAAUCAACUCCAGACUUCAACUUGUUAUGAAAAGUGGAAAGUACAUGCUGGGGUACAAGCAGAUGCUGAAGAUGAUCAGACAGGGCAAAGGGAAAUUGGUCAUCCUCGCCAACAACUGCCCAGCCUUGAGGAAAUCUGAAAUAGAAUACUAUGCCAUGUUGGCAAAAACUGGUGUCCAUCACUACAGUGGCAAUAAUAUUGAACUGGGUACAGCAUGUGGAAAAUACUACAGAGUAUGCACACUGGCUAUCAUUGAUCCAGGUGAUUCUGAUAUCAUUAGAAGCAUGCCAGAACAAGCUAGAGAAAAUAAAGAGUGCACAGUUUUUCCUUAAUAAAACUUUCCAGAGCU